CGCGAGGGGCCGCGGUGUUGCGCGCACAGCCCGGCCCGAGCGGCUAGAGCGGCGCCUGGGCCCGCGGCCUCCUCCCGCCGCUGCGCCCCGCCCCGCGCCCGCCCCUCCCUGGGCCCGGCCGUGCCCCGCGUCGCGCUCCCCCGGGAUGGCCCGCGCGCCUCGGCGCUGCGUCUCGGAGCUCUCGGCGGAGCAGCGGCAGCCGCGCUCGGGGGGCGCGCGGCUGCGGCUGCGGCUGCGGCGGCGGCGGCGGCGCGGCGCUUGAAGGGGCCGCGUCGGGCGGAGCAGCGCGCCGCCAACAUGUCGGAUACGAAGGUAAAAGUUGCCGUCCGGGUCCGGCCCAUGAACCGAAGAGAGCUGGAACUGAACACCAAGUGCGUGGUGGAGAUGGAAGGGAACCAGACGGUCCUGCACCCUCCUCCUUCCAACACCAAGCAGGGAGAAAGAAAGCCUCCCAAGGUGUUUGCCUUUGAUUACUGCUUUUGGUCCAUGGACGAGUCGAACACGACAAAAUAUGCCGGUCAAGAAGUCGUUUUCAAGUGCCUCGGGGAAGGGAUUCUUGAGAAAGCCUUUCAGGGAUACAAUGCCUGUAUUUUUGCAUAUGGCCAGACAGGCUCUGGAAAAUCCUUUUCCAUGAUGGGCCAUGCCGAGCAGCUAGGCCUGAUCCCAAGGCUCUGCUGUGCUCUGUUUCAAAGGAUCUCCCUGGAGCAAAACGAGUCACAAACAUUUAAAGUCGAAGUAUCGUAUAUGGAGAUUUAUAAUGAGAAGGUCCGGGACCUCCUGGACCCCAAAGGGAGCAGGCAGUCUCUUAAAGUCCGAGAACAUAAGGUCUUAGGACCCUAUGUCGAUGGCCUAUCUCAACUGGCGGUCACCAGCUUUGAGGACAUUGAGUCACUGAUGUCUGAGGGAAAUAAGUCUCGAACGGUAGCAGCAACCAACAUGAAUGAAGAGAGCAGCCGCUCCCAUGCGGUGUUCAACAUCAUCAUCACACAGACACUGUAUGACCUACAGUCUGGGAACUCUGGUGAGAAAGUCAGCAAGGUGAGCCUGGUAGACCUGGCGGGCAGCGAGAGGGUGUCGAAGACUGGAGCUGCGGGGGAGCGACUGAAAGAAGGCAGCAACAUUAACAAAUCACUUACAACCUUGGGAUUGGUUAUAUCAUCGCUGGCUGACCAGGCUGCUGGCAAAGGCAAAAACAAAUUCGUACCUUAUCGAGAUUCAGUCCUCACUUGGCUUCUUAAGGACAAUUUAGGUGGGAACAGCCAGACCUCUAUGAUAGCAACCAUCAGCCCAGCAGCAGACAACUACGAGGAGACACUGUCCACGCUAAGAUACGCAGACCGAGCCAAGAGGAUUGUGAACCACGCUGUCGUGAACGAGGACCCCAAUGCCAAGGUCAUCCGAGAGCUGCGAGAGGAAGUGGAGAAACUGAGAGAGCAGCUCUCACAGGCUGAGGCCAUGAAGGCCCCCGAGCUGAAGGAGAAGCUGGAAGAGUCUGAGAAGCUGAUAAAGGAGCUCACAGUGACGUGGGAAGAGAAGCUGAGGAAAACGGAAGAGAUCGCACAGGAGAGGCAGCGGCAGCUGGAGAGCAUGGGGAUCUCCCUGGAGACCUCUGGCAUCAAGGUGGGGGAUGACAAGUGCUACCUCGUCAACCUGAAUGCAGACCCUGCCCUCAACGAGCUUCUGGUUUACUAUUUAAAGGAUCACACGCGGGUGGGUGCUGAUACCUCUCAGGACAUCCAGCUCUUUGGAAUAGGGAUUCAGCCCGAGCACUGUGAGAUCGACAUCGCAACGGAUGGAGAUAUCACUCUCACGCCCAAAGAAAACGCAAGGUCCUGUGUAAAUGGCACCCUGGUCUGCAGCGUGACCCAGCUGUGGCAUGGUGACAGGAUCUUAUGGGGAAACAACCACUUUUUCAGAAUUAACUUGCCUAAGAGGAAACGGCGGGACUGGCUGAAAGACUUUGAGAAAGAAACCAGCGCCACGGAGCAUGAUCUAGACGCUGCGAGUGAGGCCUCCUCAGAACCAGACUACAACUACGAGUUCGCACAGAUGGAGGUCAUCAUGAAAACACUGAACAGCAAUGGUGGCUUCCCGAUCGUAAGCCUGUCUGCCUGGUGGUCGUCCCCGUGGUGGUCCUAUUUGAAGAUCCUCUUCCCCCUCCUGUGGUUUCAGACGAAGCUGGUUCACCAACACUGGGAGAGAGAUCCAGUUCAAAAUGUGGUUCAGGUCCUGGAAAAGCAGUACCUGGAAGAGAAGAGGACGGCCCUGGAGGAGCAGCGGCUCAUGUAUGAGCGAGAGCUAGAGCAGCUCCGUCAGCAGCUCUCUCCCGAGAGGCAGCCGCCCAGCAGCGCCUCCGAUCGCCUGGCCUACAGCAGCCAGACAGCCCAGCAGAAAGUGACCCAGUGGGCUGAGGAGAGGGAUGAACUCUUUCGGCAGAGCUUGGCCAAGCUUCGAGAGCAGCUGGUGAAAGCCAACACUUUGGUGAGGGAAGCCAACUUCCUGGCUGAGGAGAUGGGCAAACUCACUGACUACCAAGUGACUCUUCAGAUCCCUGCGGCCAACCUCAGUGCCAACAGGAAGAGAGGAGCGAUUGUCAGUGAGCCCGCCAUCCAGGCCAGGAGGAAAGGAAAGAGCACCCAGGUCUGGACCAUCGAGAAGCUGGAAAAUAAGUUAAUUGAUAUGAGAGACCUUUACCAAGAAUGGAAAGAAAAUGUCCCCAAGGCUAAGAGGCUCUGUGGGAAACGAGGUGACCCUUUUUAUGAAGCUCAGGAGAAUCACAACCUCAUCGGUGUGGCUAACGUGUUUUUGGAAUGUCUCUUCUGUGAUGUGAAGCUUCAAUAUGCAGUACCCAUUAUCAGCCAGCAGGGGGAGGUUGCCGGGCGUCUCCACGUGGAGGUGAUGCGUGUUACAGGAACUGUUCCAGAGCGCGUGUCGGAGGAUGACUCUUCCGAGAACUCCAGUGAGAGUGGGAGUCUUGAAGUGGUGGACAGCAGCGGGGAAGUCAUCCACCGGGUCAAAAAACUGACGUGCCGGGUGAUAAUUAAAGAGGCAACGGGGCUACCCAUAAGCCUCUCGAAUUUCGUCUUCUGUCAGUACACGUUCUGGGACCAGUAUGAGUCUACAGUGGCUGCCCCGGUGGUGGACCCGGACGUGCCGUCCCCUCAGUCUAAGGAUGCCCAGUACACAGUGACCUUCUCUCACUGUAAGGACUACGUGGUAACUGUCACAGAAGAAUUCCUAGAGUUCAUUUCUGAUGGCGCGCUGGCAGUUGAAGUGUGGGGCCACAGGUGUGCUGGGAACGGAAGCCCCAUCUGGGAGGUCGAUUCCCUCCACGCGAAGACAAGGACAUUACACGACAGGUGGAAUGAAGUGACCCGGAGAAUAGAGAUGUGGAUCUCCAUAUUGGAACUGAAUGAGCUAGGAGACUACGCCGCAGUAGAGCUUCACCAGGCGAAGGACGUCAACACCGGCGGCGUCUUCCAACUCAGACAGGGUCACUCCCGUAGAGUACAGGUCACAGUAAAACCUGUGCAGCAUUCGGGGACGCUGCCACUCAUGGUUGAAGCCAUCCUAUCAGUAUCCAUUGGCUGUGUGACUGCCAGAUCCACCAAGCUGCAAAGAGGGCUGGACAGUUACCAGAGAGAUGAGGAGAAUGGCGGUGAUAUGGAUAGUUACCAGGAGGAAGACUUGAAUUGUGUAAGAGAGAGAUGGUCAGAUGCGCUCAUUAAACGACGGGAAUACUUAGACGAACAGAUUAAAAAAGUCAGCAAUAAAAAAGAGAAAACAGAAGAUGACAUGGAGCGGGAAGCCAGGCUGGUGGAGCAGUGGGUGGGGCUGACGGAGGAGAGGAAUGCUGUGCUGGUGCCUGACCCUGGCAGCGGGAUCCCGGGGGCACCUGCUGACUGGGUCCCACCUCCUGGCAUGGAAACCCACAUCCCCGUUCUCUUCCUGGAUCUGAACGCGGAUGACCUCAGUGCCAAUGAGCAGCUGGUGGGCCCCCACGCGUCGGGAGUGAACUCCAUCCUGCCCAAGGAGCAUGGCAGCCAGUUUUUCUACCUGCCCAUCAUAAAGCACAGUGAUGACGAGGUUUCAGCCACAGCCUCCUGGGACUCCUCGGUGCACGACUCUCUUCACCUGAACCGGGUCACACCACAGAACGAGAGGAUCUACCUGAUCGUGAAGACCACCGUUCAGCUCAGCCACCCGGCCGCCAUGGAGUUAGUGUUGCGGAAGCGGAUUGCAGCCAAUAUUUAUAACAAGCAGAGUUUCACGCAGAGUUUAAAGAGGCGAAUAUCACUGAUCAAUAUAUGUUACUCCUGCGGCGUGACCUAUGAGAUAGUGUCCAAUAUACCAAAGGCUACCGAGGAGAUUGAGGACCGGGAGACGCUGGCCCUCCUGGCAGCUCGGAGUGAGAACGAGGGCACUUUGGAUGGGGAGACGUACAUCGAGAAGUACACUCGGGGUGUGCUGCAGGUCGAGAACAUCCUGAGUCUGGAGCGGCUCCGGCAGGCCGUCACGGUGAAGGAAGCGCUCUCCACCAAAACGAGGCACAUUCGGAGAAGCCUCAGUACACCGAAUGUUCACAACGUCUCCUCUAGCCGGCCAGAUCUCUCUGGCUUCGAUGAAGAUGAUAAGGGCUGGCCCGAGAACCAGUUAGACGUGUCUGACUACAGCUCCAGUUACCAAGAUGUCGCAUGCUAUGGGACCUUACCCAGGGACUCGCCUCGCAGGAGCAAGGAAGGUUGCCCAUCAGAGAAUCCUCAUGCCUUAACCAUCAGCCCUUUUAAAGCGUUCUCUCCUCAGCCACCAAAGUUCUUCAAACCCCUAAUGCCUGUAAAAGAGGAACACAAGAAAAGAAUGGCCCUGGAAGCGAGACCUCUCCUAAGCCAAGAGAGCAUGCCUCCGUCCCAGGCCCAUAACCCUGGCAGCCUUGUACCCCCAGGAAGCAAUGGCAGCAGCAUGCCAAUAGAGCACAAUAGCAAACCUGAGAAGAAGAUUAUUCUGAAGUUAAUCUACCUAGAGGAAUUGCAUUUACUUGGCGACUCCGAAGAGGAGGAAAAUGAGCUGGAAGCUGUCAGCCGGAAGCUGAUGCACGCACAGCCUUACGUGCCCGUGGAGUUUGCUGACUUCAGUGUUUACAAUGCCAGCUUGGAGAACAGGGAGUGGUCGUCUUCUAAAGCAGACCUGACAGACUCCAGAGCCUUGGAGAAAGCAGUGUCUCGUAGCCCUACCACCAGCAGCCUCACCAGUGGCUACUUCUCCCACAGUGCCUCCAACGCCACUCUGUCUGACAUGGCAGUCCCUUCCAGCGACAGCUCAGACCAGCUAGCCCUCUCCACCAAGGAGGCCGAGUGCCGGGAGCACUCGGGACCAUCACUCGCACCCGACUUCACACCAGCUUCGACUCAAGAGCUUACUGAAGCAGAAAGAGGCUUGGGGAAGGAUAAGACAAUCACCGUGCCUCUCGAGGAGAACAGUGCCUUACCCCAGGGGAGCCCAUCACCCCAGAGCAUCCCCGAGGAAAAUCCCAGAAUGCCGUGCAGGACUGCUUUGGGUUCAGAACUGGAUGCCGGCCCCAGCAAAGAGGGCCACCAAGCCAGAGAAUUCUGCCCAGGAGAGGUGACGAUAGAACACACUACGAACAUUUUGGAGGACCACUCCUUCACAGAGUUCAUGGGUGUGUCCGAUGGCAAAGACUUCGAUGGUUUGGCAGAUUGUUCCGUAGGAGAGCCCUCCAGUAGGACGGAUCUAACCAUUGAAACAGGCCGUAAAGGUAUCCCAGAGGGUCCCCCAGAUGCUGGCCAGCUGCAUUCCAAGAUAGAGAACGACCAGGAAACCACGGCCACUCGGUAAGGGACAGCCAUGCCUCUCUGGGCCACAGCUCCGGCAGCUUCGUCGGUCCCACCCUGGGACAUGCUCUUCAGACAGCUGUGACCCAGCUUGACCUCAGACCAGCAUGGGGGAGCCCUGCACUUCCCCUCCCCAGUGGGAGAAGUAGCACUUUGUCCCAUGGCGAAUCACGGCCCCUGCUCUUUCCAGAGAGGAAGAGAAUGAAAAUCUUGGCUUACCUACGUGGCAGUAUUCUCAUGAGCACUUCGUACACGCCCCACUGUGCAAAGACCUCCACAGACUCAAACGUUAUUCUUGUACGUUUUUAAUCAGUUCUUCCUGCAGACUCUGGAGUCAGUGCUCUGAUCCCUUUUUUAUAAAUAAUAUAUAUUAUGUAUAUGAAUUUGUGUAUCUAUGGUAUGUCUGUUCAGAGACAUAUCUGCACACUAAAAGGCAGAUAGAUGAUUUGUCGAAAAUCACAAGGUACUGGACUUUGUUACAAAGCGACCCUGGUGACUGCUUUGACACGAGCAGAUGAAAAGCGUUAUUUUAUAUUCUGUAAGAAUGAGGUUCUAAAUCCCUCUUUAUAGAAAAGGUUGCAGGCACUGUUCUUUAUAACCAAAGAACUUCCAGGAGACUGAACGUCUUUGCUGUCCACUCUGUUCUGUGUGAGUGAUGUAAUCUCACUCCAGUGUGGUGCCAUACUUCCCUUGGCUACCGAGCCACGUGCUGCCCUGGUCCCUGCCCCCUUUCCUAAGCACACAGAAACCAUACAGCUACAACAGUCUUCCACCUAGCCUGGGACCUAUUGACUUGACAUUGACCAUUGACUCGGCUGGGGCUCUGUCUUCCCCCCUAGCAUUUGUCAUGUCUUGUCCACCUGUGCAAGCAGGUGGGGUGCACAGGGCAGUGUCACAACAGCAACGCAACAAUGUACCAAGAGUUGGGGAAGAGUCUUGGUUGGUGGCUUCUUUAUCAGUCUGAUUCAGAAUUGCUAGAUUCUCUUGUGGUGGUGGCUUGCCAUUUUGCUCGACUCUAGAAAAUGCUGAAGAGAAGGACUGAGCUAUCAAGUUCGUAGGUUUACACGUCACCUUGUUUGAGGGGGAUUAGAUAUGGACCGCUCCGUUGUCAUUCUUUUCCCUUUUUUUUUUUUUUUCAAAGUAUCCUGCGAGGAGAGACAUUGUAGGAUCGUGCGUGGAAGAAUUUUACAAAUAUAUUUUAUGUACUUACUCUGUAGAUGCCUGUACAAUGUUGUGUUGUGAGGAAGUGAGAGAGCAUGUGCAGCCUGCUGUACUUUUUAUUUUUUAAGUCCUUAGCAUUGGUGAGGGAGGCCUGGGAGACUCUAUUGAAAAGCUGCUGUUUGUGUGUGUGGUGAGCUGACGGUAGUGUUUUACUAUCAUCCGUUGAAAACAAAAACUGUAAUUUAUAUUCCCUUUCGACUUUGUAUUUAAUUGGUACAGAUUUGUGUGUGUUUUAGAAUACAAACUGUCUAAUUCAGAGUUCAAA